GCCGUGUGACGUCCGAGCGGAGGAGCCGAGGCCAAUGCUUGUGUCCAGUUUGAUGGAAUAAAAGAGAAGAGGAGGAAAAGGAGGAAGAGGGAAGAAUGUUUGCUGGGUUUGUCAGAAGAAUUAUUGUUUAAUUCAAUUAAGAUCAGAACAAAGAUAGUGGAGCGGUGAGUAAGAUGCAAAGAGGUUAAUGUGAAGACAGGAAAAGAGGUGUGGUCUUCCCUGAAAAGAAACACAACAAAGAGGAAGGAGAGGAGGAGAGGAGGAGAGAGAGAAGCGAGGGGAGGAGAGGAGAGGUAGAGUAAAAGAGGGAGGGAGAGGAGGAGUUGAGUAAAUCUCUCGAUCUGAUCAGUGUGUGAGGUGGACUAACACACAACCUGCACUCAGACUCUAAGGUUUAUUCGGUUCUUAAGUGACGGAGAGAAAAACAGGAAACUCAGAGUUAAAAGAAAAUUCUAACAGAAAAAGAGAAGAUAAAACAGUUGGAUCCAUUCUUCACAGAUGAGUGGAAACUUGGAGAACUUUCUUAUCUUGCUCCCUGAUGUCGCCUUCACAACAACACAGAAGUCAAAACAGUCUUUACUGCAACUGGCAUCGCACGUUUUGAAAUCAAGCCGAGCUCCAUAGUGUUUGUGGCUGAACUGUGGAUGGAGAUGAUGAGGAACUCUCAGUCUUUUCACCUCGACCUUGUUCCCAUUGUGUUUUCUCUACUUUCACUCCUCCUUUGUCGAGCGUCUGCCACUUCAGGCUCGGACCAUGACUACAGAGCCCAGCCCCGCUUUGUUUGCACCCCUCUUCCCGUGGAUGCAGACCCUGCCUGCUUCCCCACAGCGGCUCCAAGCUCAGGUCCAACAGGGCCCAGCGGACCAGGUUAUCAAAAUGCACCUCCUGCUGGAUGGUGGGGGGCGAGCGAGGAGGCCAAAGCCACCAUCCUCCACCUGAGGGAGAGCCUUGUGCGGCAGAAAGAGACCAUCCUGGACCAGAGGGAGACCAUUAGGGAGCUGACGGCCAAGCUCACCCUGUGUGAAGGCUUCGGCCGCGGCGGGGCGCCUCACGACGAGCACCACAGCACAGCCUCGAACUCCCACCACGCAGGGGCGGCCAGCCAUCACACGUCCACUGACCACAGGCACCAUAGCAACCAGCAGGGUCACCAUGGGAACAGCAACCUCAUACCAGACUCGCCCCACCACCCCUCUGUAGGGGGGCAAAGAUCUGAUGGAGGUCACAGCAGCAACAACCAGGGGAAGGAUAAACAUGUGGCACCGGGGGACAUCUCAUCGUCACCAGAGCAGAUGGAGAGGAUGCUGCAGGCGCUGAAGGAGAGGCUGGACAACUUACAGAAGAGGAACACGUCCAUCGCCUACUCCAGCUCCCUGAAGGAGCUGCUGCAGAGGAAGAUCAACACCCUGGAGGAGCAGCUGCACCAUCACACCGCCGCCCUCAACAGCCCCGAGCACCACGACAACCACGAGGAUGGUGACCAUCACGACGACCACAACGACGACCACAACGACGGACACCACGAUGACCACGACGACAGCGGGAACCACGCCGAUCACCACGAUGACAGCCACAAUGAUGACCACCACGACGCAGAUGGUCAUCAUGACGACCAUGAUGAUGGCCGCCACCAUGAUGAUGAUGAUGAUGAAGAUGAUGAUUACCUUCCACACACAGGAUACAGAGCUCCAGGCCCUCGAACUGGUUUCCACUCCAAUAAACUGGAGUCGGUGCUCAACCAGCUGCACUUUACAGGUUCCAGCAAGACGCAAUCCCUGAGUCCUGAUGCCUUCCAGAUCAGCUUCCCCAUGAGAACUAAUUACAUGUACGGGCGGGUGAAGAAGACUCUGCUGCAGGAGAUCUUCGCUCUGACUCUGUGUCUCUGGAUGAAGGCGGGCGCUGGAGCCAGCCUGGGGACGCCCUUCUCUUACUCUGCCCCGGGACAGGCCAACGAACUGGUGCUGAUUGAGUGGGGGGACAACCCCUUAGAGCUGCUGAUCGACGACAAGGCGGUGACGUUGCCCCUGUCUGUGAGUGACGGGAAGUGGCACCAUGUGUGUGUGACCUGGUCGACCCGGGACGGACAGUGGGAGGCCUACCAGGACGGGGUGCAGAGAGGGUCCGGGAUCAAUCUCUCUCCCUGGCGUCCCAUCAGACCUGGAGGGGUCUUCAUCCUUGGACAGGAACAGGACACACUGGGAGGUCGUUUCGACGCCACUCAGUCAUACGUGGGUGAGAUGGCCGACCUCCACAUGUGGUCGAACGUCCUGAGCGCCAGUGACAUCUACAGCCUGGCCUCCUGCGGCAGCUACCUGAGAGGAGAUGUCAUCGCCUGGUCCGACGCUGACGUGGAGCUUCACGGAGGCGUCGCCAGAUACCCCUUUGACCCCUGUCACUGAGCGGCCAAUGGGGGGGGGGGGGCUGAAACAUAAUGAGAAUAACUGAUAUAGAAACAACAGAGAGUGAAGAUGGUGUGUGAAUAAAACAACAGUCCCUUGACAGGAUGAUCCCUCUACUCCUUCACUCUUUGAAUCAUUGCCUUGAUUUUAACUUCAUCAGUGACUCUUUAAUAAAAAAAUUAAAAAAGUAAAAAUAAAAAAACAGACUGAUCUGUGUUGACAGAUGGUGUGUAGGGGCUGUGGUGCUUCUGGAUCUUAGUGACUGACCAUAAUCGAAUGUGUUCAUAAACUAGGGUUGUAUUUUGAACAGAUAAGUGCUGUAUGUGACAUAUUGUCAUGUUGUUAAUAAGACUGUGGGGUCUGUGGUCACGUUCACAGACCUUUCGUGAGUUCUGUGGUGGUGAAGUGAAGAACUGUUUUUCUUGUUAGUAGGAUACUGAUAGAAAUCCUUUUUCUACUCUGGAUUCUCUUUUUUCUAAAAAGGUUUCCACUGACGAUAUACAGCUAAUUUACCAAAGAAACUGUAGAAUUACUGUUUUUAUAAUCUAUAGACUGUUGUUUUUGAGAGAAAUAAUGAGAAGUCAGUCACAUUUUGUGUUUUACAGAAUCUGCUGGUUUUUACAUUUAAUACACGGACUAUAUUUACAUUAUUAAUACAUGGAUUCUUGUCGAUAUUCUAUACCGCAAAAGGGCUUCAUUAAAAAAAUUUAAGUUUCCAAGAUUUUUAAAAACCUUUUAUAUAUUCUACGAUGCUAAACAGAGCACUGACAUUUCUCAUUUUAUCUUGACUUUGAUUUGAACUUGAAAUCUGACUGAUGUGUUUUGUGUAAUAAGGUCAUUGCUCUGUGGCUUUUCUUAAUUUCUGGAAUGAUUUGUUACUGUUCUGUAUAAAAAAAAAACAUUGAUGUUAUUAUGUUACGUUUUUUUCUGUUUUUGUAAAUGUAAAUAAAAGUGUGAAAGAUA